GUCGUUUUCGUUUUGCUUGCUUCAUGUCCCCCUCCGUCUUCUUGCGUCAACAUUGCGCCGGAAUUCACGCCUCUGGCAAGUAUAGAAUCUUCGCAGGUCAAAGUCAUCGUCUUUCUCCCUUCUUCUCGGCGUAUUUCCAAAGACAUACUCCCUCCCGACGUCAUUAUUGGCAACGACGGUUACCAUGGACAAUAACGAAGGAAGAGCUGGAGGAUCCGGGGAAGCUGAUCGAAAGCCUAAGAAGAGGAAUAUGGGAAGGGCAGAGUGGAGCCGACAAACAAUAGACAAGAGAGCACGAAACGAACAACAGGUCGAAGCUAAACGACGAAAAAUUGAGAGUGGAGAGGAAGUUAGAGCCCCGGUCUAUGCGACCCAUUUCUCUCAGGCGGAUAUCGACAGCGAAGAACGCCGCCCGAAGAAGAAGGUCGCCGUGCUGCUGGGGUACUCUGGAACAGGCUACAAGGGCAUGCAAUUGAGCGACACCGAGAAAACCAUCGAAGGAGAGCUUUUUUCCGCGUUUGUGGCUGCCGGGGCCAUCUCCAAAGCGAAUGCGGCGGAUCCGAAGAAAUCGUCGCUGGUUCGGUGCGCGCGCACAGACAAGGGCGUCCAUGCUGCCGGUAAUAUCGUCUCGUUGAAAAUGAUCGUGGAGGAUCCGAACACAGUCCAGAAAAUCAACGAACAACUCAGCCCGCAGAUCCGCAUCUGGGACAUCCUAGUCACGAGCAAAUCGUUCAGCAGCUAUCAAAUGUGCGAUUCUCGGAUCUACGAGUAUCUCAUUCCGUCCUACUGCUUCCUGCCACCGCAUCCUAGUACCUACCUCGGAAAGAAGAUAUCGGAAAUCGCCGAGAAACAGGGAGAUUUGGAGGGAUUGGCCGCCCGCCAGACCGAAGUGGCAGAUUACUGGGCUGAGACUGAUGAGAAGCAUAUCCGACCCAUUCUCGAAAAUGUCCCCGAGGAUAUCCGAAAGCUCGUGCAAAAGGCGCUCUAUUUUGACGAAGAAAAAUAUGCGGAGGCCGAAUCGGAGAACAAGGAUGUAACGCAGCAAACCGAGACAUCUCCCGAAAAUGGAGCCAACCCGGGGUCAGCAGCAGAGGAAACCUUGGAUCAGAACCUGGAACUCGACGCGGCCCAGGAGGCUCACAGAAAACAAAUUUAUGAGACCGUCAAGGCUAUCAAGGCGGCAUACAACACAGCCAAGCGAGCUUAUCGCAUUCCUGCCGCUCGUCUGGCUCGCAUCCAAGAAACUCUGGACAAGUAUGUCGGCACAAAGAACUUUUACAACUACACCAUCCAAAAGGCUCACAGUGACCCCUCUGCCAAACGCCACAUCAAAUCGUUCAAGGUCGACUCCAGUCCUGUCAUAAUCAAUGGCACCGAGUGGCUCAGCUUAAAGGUACACGGUCAAAGCUUCAUGAUGCAUCAAAUUCGCAAAAUGGUGGCCAUGGUCGCCUUGAUUGUACGAUGUGGUUGUGAUCCUCAACGCAUCUUCGAUAGUUAUGGCCCCACGAAGAUCGCGAUCCCCAAAGCCCCCGGCCUUGGUCUUCUACUGGAACGUCCGGUCUUUGAGGGUUAUAACAAAAAGGCCAGUGACAACGGCAAACAGCAUAUCAAUUUUGAUAGAUAUGCCAAGGAAAUUUCCGAGUUCAAGCAGCGAGAGAUCUAUGACCGAAUCUUCCGUGAAGAGGAGGAGACCAAUGCCUUUUCGUCUUUCUUUAACCACGUCGAUCAUUUCCCCCAGGAAGAAUUCCUGUAUAUCACAUCUGGUGGUAUCUCGGCGGCCAAGCCCAGACCGCAGACCUCUGUUGAGGUUAGCAAAGAGGAAGAUAAAACUGGUCGCAAAUCUCAACGGGAAGCUUUGGCUUUAGUCGAAUCAGAAUCUGAUAAUGAGCCCAAC